CCAGAACAUUUGAAAGUGACCCUACCAGCUCUGUCCCCGACCAUGGAGAAAGGCACAUUAGUUCGUUGGACCAAGCAGGAAGGUGACAAACUGAAUGAGGGAGAUCUCUUGGCCGAGAUUGAAACCGACAAGGCCACCAUGGGGUUUGAAACCCCUGAAGAGGGGUACCUUGCCAGGAUCAUCAUUCCUGCAAAUACUAAGGACGUUCCUCUCGGAAAACUACUAUGCAUUAUAGUAGAGAAAGAGAGUGAUGUGAAGGCCUUCAAAUCCUACAAACCUACAGAAGAUUCAUUGAGAGGAGAUGCCUAUCCCACCCCCAUCAUCCAACCUGCUGCUCCGGCUGCCCCUGCACCCCACGUGCCCCUCUCUGUUGGGGGUAUCACUUAUCCAAGUCACACUAAAGUAACCCUUCCAAGUUUGUCCCCGACAAUGGAGAAGGGCAACAUUCAGGCGUGGAUGGCAAAGGAGGGCGAUGAACUGAAGGAGGGUGACGUCCUGGCGCAAAUUGAGACUGACAAGGCGACUAUGGACUUUGAAACGCCAGAAGAAGGAUUUCUGGCCAAAAUACUUGCACCUGCUGGUAGCAAGGGUCUCAGUCUUGGAACUCUCCUCUGCAUCAUAGUACCAAAAAAGGAGGACAUCCAGGCAUUUGCAGAUUAUGUUGAAACCGCAACUGCACCUCCCCCACCUUCUCAACAACCAGCAGCCGCUUCACCAGCUGCUGCUGCACUUGGCGCUUUUCCAGCAGCUACACAAGUGCCAGCUGCUGCUGCUCAACCACUACCAGCUGCCCAACCAGCUGCUGGUGGGAAAACCCCGGCUAGCCCUCUUGCAAAGAGACUAGCUGCAGAGAAAGGCAUUGAUAUAGCGCUCGUGAAGGGUACUGGUGCUGAUGGCAGUGUAACAGCUGAUGAUGUCAAAGCAUACACACCUGCUCAGCCAAUAGCAAUGGCUCCUUCUGUUUCGGCUCCACCCCCUCAAAUUCCAUUGGCUGCAGCCAUUCCUGGAGCUUCAUUUGUUGACAUACCGUUAAGCAAUAUGAGACAGGUGAUAGCCAAAAGGUUGCUGCUGUCAAAACAAACCAUCCCUCACUACUACCUGUCAAUCGAUGUUCAGAUGGACAACGUCAUCAGGUUAAGAAAAGAGUUGAACGAACUACUGGCCAAAGAAAAGGUCAAACUCUCGGUUAAUGAUUUCCUGAUCAAAGCGAGUGCCCUGGCCUGUAAGAAAGUUCCAGAGGCUAACUCCUCUUGGCAGGAAACCUUCAUCAGACAAAAUAACAAUGUCGACAUAAACGUAGCCGUUGCCACAGACAAUGGUCUGAUCACUCCUAUUGUAUUUCAAGCUGAUAAAAAGGGCCUAGCAACGAUUAGCAUGGAUGUAACAUCAUUGGCCCAGAAAGCCAAAGCUGGGAAGCUUCAACCUCAAGAAUUCCAAGGUGGCACAUUUACCAUUUCAAAUUUGGGCAUGUUUGGGAUUAAGAACUUCUCAGCCAUCAUCAACCCACCCCAGGCUUGUAUACUAGCUGUGGGCGGGAGUGGCAAGUUAUUGGUACCAGAUGAUUCAUCCAACACUGGCCACAGGGUCAGUGAUGUCAUGAGCGUUACACUGAGCUGUGAUCACAGGGUCGUAGAUGGUGCCGUUGGGGCCCAAUGGUUGGCCCAAUUCAAGAGGUUCCUCGAAAAACCGGACACCAUGUUAUUGUAAUAGAAACUGUUGGGUCUGGUGGUUUGUAGUGCUGUUGUUACGACGGGGCCCUGGUGAUUUUAUGAGGGGUGGGCCCUUUUUUUUAAAGGGGGAUGGUACUUCUUAAUUGUAGAGGUGACUCUAUUUUCUGAGAAGGUUAAGCAGGGACUUGAUGAUAGUUUUUUGUUUUUUCCUCGUUCUCCGGUUUCAAAAUUUUUACAUAAGAAAAUAAUUCGUUUACUUAAUUUGUAAUUGGAAGUUUUUUUUAACGAUUUAUUUACCUAUUUUUUUUUAUAUUUUUUUUGUUGUUUCUAAUGCAUUUGUGUGUUCAGCGAUGACUAGUUAAUUGAGAUAGUUUUUCUACGUUUUAUUAUGAUAUAUAUCUAUAUAAUUAUGAUAUAUUUAUAUAUAUUUAUGAUAUAUAUAUAUAUAUAUCAGAGAAAAUUUAUUUGAAUUUUUAAUAAAAAUUACAAAUUAAAUGGAUAAUUUAUUUAUUAAUUAAUAUUAUUAUUAUAAAAGAAUUGUUUGCUGUCCUUCUUUGUCUAUUAUUAAAUGCUGAUGUACUAACAAGGGAUGAGAUUAAGACAUUUGAUUGACACGUUAUAACAUUGCAAGAAAUAAAUUAUGGAAAAUUAUUUACAGCCGUAAAUAUUCUUUAGAAAGGAUAUUAGUGUUACUAUAUAGUUUGUAGUACUACUAUUGUCAGUAAUGUUACUAUUUUGGUAAUGUUACUAUUAUUAGUACCGUUUCUAUUUAUAGUACUGUUAACUAUUUUUAGUAUUGUCGUUCGUUUAGUUAAGUAAUAUUAGUUACUUAUUAUUCUCAUUGUUUUCGCUAAAGAUGACUGCAAAUGAAUGUUUAUUUGAAAUAAAAACCUUUGGAUUUCAA